GUUUCUCAGCACACUCAGCUCGUCGACGAUCGUCUUAUGUGUCCAAGUCCCUCUGUGAUAGGUCAUGCUUUGCCUCUGCGGGAAGCACGUUCACCCCUUUAUUCGCAGUACCUUGAAACUGGCCUAUCCGCCAUUAAGUCGGGGAAAACCGCUGUUUUGCUACUUGCCGGAGGUCAGGGUACGCGUUUGGGAUGCAGCCACCCGAAGGGCAUGUACGACAUCGGACUCCCCUCGAAGCGCAGUCUAUUUCAGCUCCACACAGAACGGCUUUUAGCUGUGUGCCGAAGGGCCUCUGGUCAGUCCGACAAACCGGCCUAUAUACCCUGGUAUAUAAUGACGUCUGACCAGACCAAGCAGAUGACCCAGGCUUACUUUGAAGAGCACAACUUCUUCGGAUAUAGCCGCGAACACAUCAUGUUCUUCGAACAGUUCUCGAUCCCUGCGCUGGAUUUCAACGGCAAAGUUCUUAUGCAAAGUCGAGGUUCACUUUGCUGGUCUCCAGGUAGGCUUUAA